AAGGAUGAACGAUUUAUUCUCGAGCUCGUUCAAAAGAUACACGGAUCUGAAGCAACAGUCGUACCUGGACGACAUGGAAGCCGGGAAAGAGACGGCGAAUCUGGACAAGUUCUUCGAGGACGUCGAGAAUGUUAAGGAAGACAUGAGAGUGGUGGAGAAGCUGUACAGGAAGUUGCAGGAGGCCAACGAGGAGAGCAAGAUCGUCCACAACGCCAAGACCAUGAAGGAGCUUCGGUCCCGAAUGGACUCCGACGUCGAACAAGUCCUCAAACGUGUCAAGCUCAUCAAGGCCAAGCUUGAAGCUCUUGAACGUUCUAAUGCAGCACACAGGAGCCUUCCCGGCUCCGGACCCGGGUCGUCGGCCGACCGGACCCGGACAUCGGUGGUUAGCGGCUUGGGGAAGAAGCUCAAGAACUUGAUGGAUGACUUCCAAGGCUUGCGAGGGAGGAUGCAGUUUGAGUACAAGGAAACUGUGGAGAGAAGGUAUUUCACCAUAACCGGUGAGAGAGCGAGCGAGGAGACAAUAGAGAAUUUAAUAUCAAGCGGCGAAAGCGAGAGUUUUCUUCAGAAGGCAAUUCAGGAACAAGGGAGAGGACAGAUAAUGGACACCAUAUCUGAGAUUCAAGAGAGACAUGACGCUGUGAAGGAGAUAGAGAAGAAUUUGAUUGAGUUGCAUCAAAUAUUCUUGGACAUGGCGGCUUUGGUGGAAGCGCAGGGUCACCAGCUGAAUGACAUCGAGAGCCACGUGGCGCACGCUAGUUCGUUUGUCAGGCGCGGGACUGACAACCUCCAGGAGGCCAGGGAGCACCAGAAGAGCUCCAGGAAGUGGACGUGCAUAGCUAUAGCUCUUGGUGCGGUUCUUAUAUUUCUCUUGUUGUUUCCGCUCUUGACAACAGUUUUGCCCCAUUUGCUUAAAACGUGA